AUGUAUCAAAAAUACCUCUUACUGAUGCCCCAAGUAAAAGUAUGCCUCGAAAAGUUCUCCAAAUCUACAUUAGGAUAUACGAUUCGAGAAUGUUCGUUGGAUAUAACCGUCCAACUGCCUGAAAAGACUGCCAAAACACAAAUGUCAGGAGAUCCUGGCUAUCGAAUGUUUAGGGAGUAUACAACACUAGCACCAGGGAAGACAAAAAUCGCUAUUGGAGUGAUAUGGCCUUGGAGACGAUUAUUUAAGUUAAGUCUUCCUUCUUCAUAA